AUCUCUAAAGCCUCAAUUUCCCCAUUAUAUACAAGAAGUUACAAGGGACGUUAUUCAAAAAUUCGCUCCUUAAACCCUAUUGUUGUAAAAUCCCAAUCCAAUGUCGUUUUGUUUGAAACUACAAAAAGACGAUCAGCAAAUUAUCAUCCUAGCAUUUGGAAUCCAAAGUUGAUCGAGUCCCUAACCACUCCUUAUACGUAUGAUUCUCAUGGCACCCGCUUAGAGGAGUUGAAGCAAGAGGUUAUAAGGUCCCUUGCAUCCUCUAAAGAUACUCCUUGUGUCCAACUUAAGUUAAUCGAUUCUAUGCAGCGUUUGGGAAUUGCUUAUCAUUUUGAAGAAGAAAUGAAAGAGAUCUUAACCGUUGUUAAAAUAGACACCAAUUCAGAUCUUUACACUACAGCUUUACACCUUAGGUUACUAAGACAACAUGCAUUUCCAGUUAGCUCAGGUGUUCUUGACAAGUUCAGAGAUAAAAAUGGGAAAUUCUUGGAUAGUUUAGCUAGGGAUGUGGAGGGACUAUUGAGUUUGUAUGAUGCUUCACACCUUGGAAUGCAUGGAGAAGAUGUUUUAGAGGAGGCCAAAAAUUUCACCAGCCACCAUCUUAAGUCAUUACUGGGGAAGUUAGAGAGCAAUAAUAUUUUAAGACAACAAGUGGAACAAGCAUUGGAUGUUCCUCUUCACUGGAGGAUGCGAAGGAUUGAGAAUCGAAAUUUUAUCAAUAUCUACCAAAGAGAUGAUUCACACAACAAGGCUUUGCUAGAGUUGGCUAUAUUGGAUUACAACUUGGUACAAACAACUUGGUACAAUCAGUCUAUCAAAAGGCGAGCUAAAGGAGCUAAACAAUGGGCAAGACUUUGUAGCUCAUAUUUAUUGGAGGCAAGGUGGUUUAGCAAUGGAUAUACUCCAACUUUGAAUGAGUAUAUAAGAAAUGCAUGGAUCUCAAUUGGAGGUCAUGAAGCUAUAAUGCAUGCUGCUAUGUUUCUAGGGCAUUAUCUGUCCAAAGACUCGCUUCAUAGUUUGAAGAAUGGAUAUGAGCAAAUAACCUAUUGGUCAUCCUUAAUCACUCGACUUAACGAUGACUUGGGAACUUCCUCAGAUGCUCUUUGGGUUCGGGUUUUUUGUUCGAAAUAUAAGUUGGAUAAUUCCUUGGAUAGUGCCGCUUUUGAUCGCCCCUCGUCUUCUUUUAUUUGUAAAGGGAUUGGACGAGAGACUAUCAACAAAUAUGUAGGCUUUGAUGGCAAUUGGAAUUGGACAAUCUUAUGCUCUCUUCUGCCUCCUGAUAUUCUAGCUCGCAUUGCUGCCGUUCUGCCUCCUUCGUCGGAGAUGGGCCCUGAUGAGCCGGUUCGCGUUUUUCUCUGGAUUCUUUCUGAUGAUCGGCUUCUCACUAAUCUUGAGCGUCGUCGUAGGCAUUUGUCCACUUCCAGCCUUUGUGCCUUGUGUUCCAUUACUGAGGAAUCCUCCCUUCAUGCUGUGAGGGAUUGCUUGCAUGCUGCUGGAAUUUGGCAUUGUGUUAUACCGCGGCAUAUCACUGGCUGGUUGAUUUGGAAGAACAGAAAUGCCAUUAUUUUUAGUUCUGCAGGUCGAGAUGUUUUUGCUAUCCUCUUGAGUGCUAAGAGCUUAGCCUCUUCUUGUGUUACGCUGGACACUAGGCUCUCUUUGGAUCAGCCUUCUUUGGCUCGUUGUGACUGGGGGUCAGCUUAUGGUGGUGGCCUUAUUCGUGAUUGUUUGGGCCAUUGGAAAACAGGUUUUGCUUUUCAUAUAAGAGUCACGUUUGGGUUGGGGGCCGAACUAUGGGCUAUUCCUGCAGGUAUUAGAUUGGCCAUUUCUUAUGGUUUUUCGCAUAUUCUCAUUGAGAGUGAUAAUCUUUUGGCUGUCAGUAUGGUGUUGGUUUCGGUGGCUGGCGUUGGUUCAGGUCGAGCUUUGGUAAGGAAUAUCUCUCUCCUGCUUCAUAAUCAUCCGUACUUUAGUAUCUCGCAUGUGGUUCGUGAGGCUAACUAUUGCGCAGACUGGCUUGCCUCGUAUGCUUCUUCUUUGUCCUUGGGUUUCCAAGUGCCGGAUGAUCCUCCUCCAGGUCUUGGUGAUUGGCUGGCGUAUGAUUGUAGAGGCCUAGCCUCUAUUCGACGUUGUCCUUGUUAG